GGUUAUCGAUAAACUGCAACCUGUGAUCACCUUACUUAUUUCCAAGAUGCUUUAGGAGGACCUAUUUACCGCUGCCCAGCCCUUCUUGCCCAAACCCCCUGGAAUGGAGAGGGUGACUAUAGUAUUCGUUCUUGGAGCGCCAGGGUCUGGCAAAGGGACGCAAUGCAGCAGGAUUGUGGAAAAGUAUGGCUGGACGCAUCUGUCAACGGGUGACUUGCUGCGAGCUGAGGUGCAGGCCGGUACCGAAGUGGGGCAGCAAGUUGACGAGAUUAUGCGGGCUGGGGAGAUGGUCCCCACGGACAUUAUCCUUGACCUGCUUUCCAACGCCAUGGCUAGCAGUGGCGCCUCGCGCUUCCUGGUGGACGGCUUCCCGCGCACCCUGGACCAGCUCAUGGACUUCCAGGACCAGGUGAAGCCCUGCGACGGCGUGUUGGUGCUGGGUCUGGCUGAGGAGGAGGCCGUGACGCGGCUGCUGGCCCGGGGCGCCACGUCGGGGCGGCCGGACGACACCGAGGACACCAUCCGCCAGCGCAUGCGGGUGUUCGCGCAGGAGUCGCAGCCGGUCAUUGACUUCCUGGCGGACAGCGGCGGCAACGUGCACGAGGUGGACGCAACUGCGAGUGUUGAGGAAGUGUUUGCGGCGGUGGAGCCCUUCAUGAACACCAUGGAUGCGCUGGCCGUCGAGCGCGAGGCAGCCGCUGACGGAGCCGGCCGCGUUGUCCGCGCCUCCACCGGCGCCGACGGCGUCCCCAGCGUCAUCGUCGGCGUCGAGGAGGGCCCCGCGGAUCUUUCCGAUGCGGUCGUUGUGUUUGUCCUGGGGGCGCCAGGUGCCGGCAAGGGUACUCAAUGCGAUCUCAUACGGCAGCGGUACGGCUGGACGCACGUGUCCACUGGGGCGCUGCUGCGUGCGGAGGUUGAGAAGGGCAGCGAUGUGGGGUCGCAGGUGUCUGCGCUGCUGGCGGGCGGCGAGCUGGUGCCCACGGAGGUGGUGCUGGGGCUGCUGAACGCGGCCAUGGUGGCCACCCCGGCGGCCAGGAGGAGGUUCCUGGUGGACGGCUUCCCCAGGCAGCUGGACCAGCUGCAGGCCUUCGAGGCCGCCAUCAAGCCCUGCGACGGCGUGUUGUUGUUGGGUCUAGCCGAGGAGGUGGCCGUGACGCGGCUGCUGGCCCGGGGCGCCACGUCGGGGCGGCCGGACGACACCGAGGACACCAUCCGCCAGCGCAUGCGGGUGUUUGCUCAGGAGUCGCAGCCGGUCAUUGACUACUUGCGGGAUCAGGGCGCCAACGUUGCCGAGGUGGACGCCUCGGGCGAGGUGGCGGACGUGUUUAGCCGCGUGUGCCGCUUCAUGGACAUGUUCGGGCCGCCGCUGGAGGCCGACCUGGCGCAGCUGCCCUUGGAGGAGGAGCCCGAGCGGCGGGGCGAGGAAGAGGAGGAGGAAGGGGAGGGGGAGCAGCAGCAGCAGGGGGCCGGUGAUGGGCCAGCGGAGGAGGGCGCGGAGCCGCCGCCGGGGUUGGAAGGAGGAGCGGGAACGGCGGGGGCGGUUGCUGAGGGGAUGGAGGAAGUGGGCUACAACGAUGAGCAGGUGCAGGCGGCACUGAGGAUCCAGGCGGCGCGCAGGGGCUACCUGGAUAGGAAGCGGGUGGCUAAGCUGAAGGAAGAGAAGGCGGCGACCGCAGCACAGCAACAGGACCAGCAGCAAGAGGACCAGCAGCAAGAGGACCAGCCGCCGCAGCAGGAACAGCAGCAGGAGGAGGGGGCUGGGGGUGAGGAUGCGGUUGCUGCAGCGGCUGCCGAAGCGUACAGUGAGGAGCAGAUACAGGCGGCGCUGCGCAUUCAGGCGGCGCGCAGGGGCUACCUGGAUCGCAAGAAGGUGGAUGCCAUACGCGCCGAGAAGCAACGGCUGCAGCAGGAGCAACAACAGCAGCAGCAGCAGCAGGAGGAGGAGCAGCAGGAACAGGGGGAGCAGGCCGCAGAGGCGGAGGCGGCAGCGGAGAUGGCAGCAGAUGCUGAUGCUGCUCCUGCUGAAGGCGCUAACCUUGAGGACUAUACCGAGGAGCAGGUGCAGGCGCUGGUGCGGAUCCAGGCGGCGGGUCGGGGCUAUCUGGACCGCAAAAAGGUGGCAGCAAAGCGGCAAGAGCAGGCAGCUACGGCGGCGGCAGCGGCAGCCCCUGAGGCUGAGGAGCAGCCUGCUGCUCAGGCAGAUGGUGAGGGAGAUGGCGGGGCGGAGGCGGCAGCGGAAGAGGCCGAGGGCGGCUCGGCAGACGCAGCAGCGCGGUCCGACCUGCCUCCAGAGCUAGCGGACCUGACAGAGGAGCAGCUGCAGGCGGCCAUUCGCAUCCAGGCCGCGGGCCGGGGCUACCUGGACCGGAAGAAGGUUGCCAAGCUAAAGGAGGAGAAGGCGGCUGCAGCCGCCGCAGCUGCGCCGGAGACGGAGGCGGCAGUAGCACAAGAUGAGGGGGCGGCGGCCGCAGAUGGGGCCGAAGGAGGCGAGGCGGACGCCGAGGGGGAGGAUGAGGAGGGGGCGGCAGCUGGGGGCUUGACGCUAGAUGAGGCGGCACUGAGGAUCCAGGCGGCGGGCCGGGGCUACCUGGAUCGCAAGCGGGUGGCCAAGCUGAAGGAGGAGAAGGCGGCGGCGGAGGUGGAGAAGCGGGCCACGGAGCAGGUUGACGCCAUCCGCGCCAUGCUUGUGAUCUGCGGCCCCAGCGGCGUGGGCAAGGGCACGCUGAUCGGGCGGCUGAUGGCCGACCACGCGGACAAGUUCGGGUUCAGCGUCAGCCACACCACGCGUGGGCCCCGGCCGGGCGAGGAGGACGGCGUGCACUACCACUUCAGCACGCGGGAGGCCAUGCAGCGGGACAUCGCCGCGGGGCUGUUCCUGGAGCAUGCCGAGGUGCACGGCAACAUGUACGGCACCAGCCUGGCAGGCGUGGCGGCGGUGGGGAGGUCGGGGCGCAUCGCAGUGCUCGACAUUGAUGUGCAGGGUGCCUCCAAGGUCAAGGCCUCCCGCGCCGCGUCCAAGGCCCGCUACGUGUUCGUGGACCCUCCUUCUCUUUCGGAGCUUGAGGCGCGUCUGCGCGGUCGCGGCACUGAGAGCGAGGACAAGGUGCGGCUGCGGCUCGCCAACGCCACGGCGGAGCUGGAUCGGUCGCGCGAAUCAGGCUUCUUCGACGCGCGGGUGGUCAACGACGAGCUGGAGGCGGCCUACCACCGACUCAAGCUGACUAUCCAGGAGCUGCUGCCGGGAACGUUCAGCCCGGAGGAGCUUCUGCCACCGCCGCCGUCGCAGGCGGAGAUCGAAGCCAAGGCGGCAGAACAGGUUGACGCCAUUCGCGCCAUGCUUGUGAUCUGCGGCCCCAGCGGCGUGGGCAAGGGAACACUGAUCGGGCGGCUGAUGGCCGACCACGCGGACAAGUUCGGGUUCAGCGUCAGCCACACCACGCGCGGCCCCCGGCCCGGCGAGGAGGACGGCGUGCACUACCACUUCAGCACGCGGGAGGCCAUGCAGCGGGACAUCGCCGCGGGGCUGUUCCUGGAGCAUGCCGAGGUGCACGGCAACAUGUACGGCACCAGCCUGGCAGGCGUGGCGGCGGUGGGGAGGUCGGGGCGCAUCGCGGUGCUCGACAUUGAUGUGCAGGGUGCUUCCAAGGUCAAGGCCUCCCGCGCCGCGUCCAAGGCCCGCUACGUGUUCGUGGACCCUCCCUCUCUUUCGGAGCUCGAGGCGCGUCUGCGCGGUCGCGGCACUGAGAGCGAGGACAAGGUGCGGCUGCGGCUCGCCAACGCCACGGCGGAGCUGGAUCGGUCGCGCGAGUCGGGCUUCUUCGACGCGCGGGUGGUCAACGACGAGCUGGAGGCGGCCUACCACCGACUCAAGCUGACCAUCCAGGAGCUGCUGCCGGGAACGUUCAGCCCGGAGGAGCUUCUGCCACCGCCGCCGUCGCAGGCGGAGAUUGAAGCCAAGGCUGCAGAACAGGUUGACGCCAUCCGCGCCAUGCUUGUGAUCUGCGGCCCCAGCGGCGUAGGCAAGGGCACACUGAUCGGGCGGCUGAUGGCCGACCAUGCGGACAAGUUCGGGUUCAGCGUCAGCCACACCACGCGCGGCCCCCGGCCGGGCGAGGAGGACGGCGUGCACUACCACUUCAGCACGCGGGAGGCCAUGCAGCGGGACAUCGCCGCGGGUCUGUUCCUGGAGCAUGCCGAAGUGCACGGCAACAUGUACGGCACCAGCCUGGCAGGCGUGGCGGCGGUGGGGAGGUCGGGGCGCAUCGCAGUGCUCGACAUUGAUGUGCAGGGUGCCUCCAAGGUCAAGGCCUCCCGCGCCGCGUCCAAGGCCCGCUACGUGUUCGUGGACCCUCCCUCUCUUUCGGAGCUUGAGGCGCGUCUGCGCGGUCGCGGCACUGAGAGCGAGGACAAAGUGCGGCUGCGGCUCGCCAACGCCACGGCGGAGCUGGACCGGUCGCGCGAAUCGGGCUUCUUCGACGCGCGGGUGGUCAACGACGAGCUGGAGGCGGCCUACCACCGACUCAAGCUGACCAUCCAGGGGCUGCUGCCGGGGACCUUCAGUCCGCAAGACCUCAUCCCUCCUCCGCUACCCUCACUCCGAGAACCGCCUGUGGCGGGGGCGCCUUCGGUUCCGAAGGUGCUGCCGCAGCCCUCCCCUGGCCGCAGCGGCGGCGGCCCUGCCGUGCCUCCCACCGCGGGCACCGUGACUGCUGCUGCGGGUCUGCCAGUGCGCCAAUACAUGGACGCAACGGUGGUGCCGGUGCUGCGGGAGGCACUGCGGGCGCUCAACGAGCUGCGGCCGGAGGACCCGCUGCUGUUUGUGUCGGAGUUCCUCAUGAAGGCGAGGGAGAGGGUGUCGGGGGCGGCAGCGAAGGCUGCUGGGGCUGGGGAUGGGGCGCAGGGAGGUGCAGGAGGGGUGCAGGAGGUGGCAAAUGGGGCAGCCAACGGCGAUGCGCAGUAGGCGGGGGUGAGGCUGGUGCAUGCGUGGGGAUGGGGCUGCAUUGCAGCGUGGGUGGUGUGAGGCGGUGGUUGGGGUGAGCAGCGGCGAUGUAGGGAUCAUGGGGGCCUGCUGGUGAAUUGGUGCUUGUGUCGUGACUUGCAAGUUUAUGCAUGCGGCCUAAUAAAGUGCGAGGCACCUGGAUGGUCCAGCGCAUUAGUGUGACUAAGAACGCAGGCUGUGGCUGCAGUGGUGGAGGAUUCGCAGUCCCAAGCGGUGCCGUGACUACUUCGGGUGGUGCAUGGCAGGAGGGACGGAGAGGGCAGCCAAGAUGACCUCCUUGCGCUGCAAUGUUGGGUCAUGUCGAGAAAGCGGACGGAGGGUGGACUACCACCAAAGUGGCUGAAUGGCAACAUUGAGUGCUGCGAUGCGUUCCUUGUGAAUCUGCUGUUCACCGUAUUCCAACCGCAGUCUAGCUGGUAUGUCCCGCAGUGGUGACGACGACAAUGAGGAUACCCCCUUUUGCCAUUACGUGGGACGACAAUUGAACAUCUAAUAGAGGUUUGUUAUCGAGCAGUGAGCCUAUCUGUACAUACCGUAAUGUGCGCGUAAGGAAAGUGGUGUGGCCGUGUCAUUGAGUUAUAUGGCAGGGGUGGCGGUCUCUUCCCAUCCGUGAUUCCGUUCCGUUUGUUUGCCUUGAUUCCCCUGUCUCUUGAGGCGGGUGUUCCUAAUAGGCAUGUGAGGAUAGGCUAUGGAGGACACGUGUUGCGUCCUGCACUGUUUCCUUCAAGAGCUUGUACCGUACCGACGAGU